UUGAAUGAUUCCAGGAGAAGAAGAUGACGGAGCCGAUCGAGAGCGGGGUUGAGAAGGCGCCAGAGCCGCCCCGAGAGCAAGAGAAGCACCGUCGAGACGGCGAGAGGGAACAGCGUCCUGACAGGGAGCCUUCGGCCAAGAACCACCGGCGGGAGCAGGAGCUCGCUAAAGAUGGCGAGCAAGAAGACAAGAGUCGCCAACGGCAGCGAGACAAGGCUAACGACGACGCGCAAAGCAGCGAAAGGGAGCGGGAAAAGGAGAAGGAGAAAAGUCAAGCCAAGGAAAGCAGCAAGCCGAGAGAGAAAGAGAGGGACAAGUUAAAAAGCGCAGAAAGCGAGCGACACAAGCCGUCUUUGUCACAGACCGAAAGUCCGGCAAGAACGAGUCAGCCGUCCUCCGCCAAAGGGCAAAGAAGGAAAAACACUUUGGGAGAUGAAUCCAACAGCGAAGUCGGCGGUAAGUCUUCCUCUUUUUAUGAAGUGAAAGAAAUGUCGCGAGAAAAGAGAGCUCCUGCACUCGCAAAAACAGUCCUGCCGCGUUUCGGCGGACGCUCGACAAAGGCCCAAUUUGGAAUUGCGCUUUCGUCUACUCCAGACAAGUCAAUCAUCGUAUGGACCUUUCACGGGUCCCCAACACAACUCCACAAAAUACAUCCAGACACAAAAUUCGGAAAAACGAUUCCCCCUACACCAGUUUCAAGGGGGUG